GGCGGCGUUGUUAUUGACGCCAUAUUGGGGCCGGUGGCGGGUGGCAAAGAGUCGUACGGCGGAGGGGGAAGUGACUGGACGUGUUUGCCAGAGCUCCUGCCGUCGCCGCCGCUGCCGCUGCUUUUGCAAUCUCUCCUCAUCGACCGCCGGUCUCAAGCUUCGGACCCCUCCUCAGUCAUUUUAGGAGCCACCUUCCAGCCUCCCACCUCGCGGGGCCGGUAUCGACCGCCGAAGGGAGCCUGUUUCGGUGCAGGAGCGCCUCCGGAGCGGCGCGCAGCUCGAGAGCGGACUGCGGGGGCGCCCGGAGCCGCCUCUCCCGGGGGGAUCCGCGCCUGAGGAGGCGGAAGAGCCCCCCCUGACGCGGCUGGCGUGAGCCGGCGACACCGCCCCUCCCUCCUCCCUCGCCGCGCCGGCCCGGGCCCCUGCCCCUGCCGCGGAGGCGGCGGCCUCCCCUCGCGCCGGCGCUUCCCGCACGCCUUCCUGCUUCUUGAGCCCGUGGGUCAGCCGCUCUUCGAGUCCCCGCUCUCCUAUCCCCCCUUCCCUCGCCUUCCCCUCCCGUCCUCUCUCCCACCCCCUCCCCCACCCCCCCACCUCUCAACCCCACCCGAAGCCCGGCACUUGGGCGGCUCCGGCCAUGGCGUGCGGGGCCACUCUGAAAAGGACUCUGGAUUUCGACCCGCUGCUGAGCCCGGCGUCCCCGAAGCGGCGGCGAUGUGCGCCAUUGUCGGCGCCCACCUCGGCCGCCGCCUGCCCGGCGUCUGCGGCCGCGGCCACCGCCGCCUGCUUCUCGGCCGCCGCCGCGUCGCCGCAGAAGUACCUCCGGAUGGAGCCGUCCCCCUUCGGCGACGUCUCGUCCCGCCUCACCACAGAACAAAUUCUGUACAACAUAAAACAAGAGUAUAAACGCAUGCAGAAGAGAAGACAUUUAGAAACUAGUUUUCAGCAGACGGAUCCAUGUUGUACUUCUGAUGCACAACCACAUGCAUUUCUUCUCAGUGGACCAGCUUCGCCAGCAAAAUAUUCAAAUGAGACCUCUUCCAUUACAAGACGCUUUUCUAUGGCAGCCCUAAAUCAGUUGCUUUUCUUUGUUCUUCAUGUUUUAUACAUAGGGACUUCAUCUGCGACAUCUUCACCGUUAAAAAAAGAACAGCCCUUAUUCACUCUAAGGCAGGUUGGGAUGAUCUGUGAACGUUUGUUGAAAGAACGUGAAGAGAAAGUUCGAGAAGAGUAUGAAGAAAUACUGAACACAAAACUUGCAGAACAAUAUGAUGCAUUUGUGAAAUUUACACAUGAUCAAAUAAUGCGACGAUAUGGAGAACAGCCUGCUAGUUAUGUUUCAUGAAUCACAUUUUCUGCAUUUGUGGGCUGCCUUGUUCCUUGUUGAAUUGUUGCAAGAAGUCCCAAUUAUGACAUGCAGCAAUGCAAAAACCCUCCUGUGAAAACAGGUUAUUUCAAGCUUUCGUCAGUGACAAUUACUCUUAGGCAGCAACUGGUUUUGGAAAUUUCCCUGAUGUCAGUACCAUCUGGAUAUGGACCUUUGCUACCUGUAUUAAUACCAGUGGUCUUACUUGCUGUAUCAUUACAAUUUGGCUUCUCAUAUUAAUAUGUUUGAAAGGAUUAGCGCUGGUAUUCUAAGAACAUGCCCUUUACUGGUUGUGUAAAUAAAACUGUAGAAUGACACUUCAGAUGAAGUUAGUGUGAUUUUAAUUGUGCACUACAACCAAGCUGUAACCAGUUAUUAAUAAUUUAGAAUGUAAUCCCAGGACAUUAUUAAGCAAAUAGCCUACAGUGCUUCCUGUGAAAUAGUGAAGGAGAAGGGCAUUUCUUCUCGGGGUUUCAAAAUGGAUUUAUAUGAUUUUUUUUUUCUUUUUUUUUUUCUUGGUAGUUUUUAUUUAUUCUAUCAGUCUUUUUAACAAAUGUUUAUUGCUGCAUUCCCCCACCCUACAGUGUAUCAUUGUUUUACUGCCCUUGUAGUACUGGAAUUUAGUUGGAAGAAUAAAACCUUUACUUCUAA